AUGACCCAUACCCACCCCCCACUCGAUGACCGCCCCAACGCCCAUACCUCACCGCCCAUCUCUGCCCCCGACAUCACAUCCCUCUCCCCUCUCCCCGCCGAACUGCAGACUCUCAUCUACGACUUUCUGAUCUCGGAUCACUCUCCCGCCCAUACCAUCACCCUCUCUCAACUGUCCAAGUCCUGCUAUGCAGCUUUCGCGCCCCGCCUAUAUAAGCGGAUUGUGGUGACGGAUGAAGCCAUCGAGCGGGGCUUGUACCGGGAUGCUCCAGCCCGGGCUGGCAACUCGCGCAAGACCCACAGCAAGACCCGCAGCUCCAAAUUGGUCGCUGUAGGGGGAGGAGGGCCACUGCCCAGCAAGCACGAGCUGCUUCGCAACUGCGAAUCCCUGAUCAUCACGUCUUUGUCGGCUAUGCAUGCCACUGCUGCUUUAGCGCACGAACCGGAAGAGAGGACGUCUCUCGACGAGUUCUACCUGUUUGGCGCCACGCCCUACGUAUCCACCGGUCGUUUCAGCGGCGUCACGCACAUCGCUUUCGAGCCCGACUGUAUCGGAGCGUACUGUGAGCCAAGGAUCCCAGGAAAGAGUGGUCCGAACGUCAAGAUGCCUUGGCCUCUUGAGAACCUGUCUACUGCCUGUUUUCGUCACCCCUUCCCCUCUCCAACCAGAUUCGAAGAAUAUGUCACGUUCUUCUACUCAGAAAGCCCGGACUUUGGGAGCCAGACCGUUGAGAACCAUGGGGAUGUAACUCGGUUUCAGAACUGGAAGUUUGGUCGAGGCGCGCCGCCCCCCGACUGUAUCCUCAGUCGAGAUACGAUCUUUAUCGACAUGUUACCGGUAGAGCUCAAGGAUGAUGAGGAGAAUAGUGAUGUUUUCUCAUCUCAAAAGAAGGGUGAGUCCAUACAGACCGUUUUCGAAGACGAAGGCGAGCCUAACGUGGGUUGCAGCGAUCCCGAAAGACACUGGAUCAAAUUGAUCUUUACCAACUUCAACACCACCAUCUCCCCUGACGGCACUAUCCACUACCUCCCCCCCGAUGACGAAGAAGCUAUUCUCGACAGAGCUCAGAGCGAGAUCAGACGACAAUUACGCAUGAAAUUGGAGGCAAACGCGCCAGAGUUUGUUGGGAUGGCGGAUAGGAUUCAUAUUCGAGGCUACGAGGAGUGCGAGUUCUGCCGGAAGGUCUCUCACAGAGGUGUGCAGGGAAGGAGCAGUUGA